AUGGCUACGCUAAUUGCUCCUUCCAACCACUCUCCUGUGGAAGAUGCUGAAUCUAUCCGAAAGGCUGUCAAAGGUUGGGGAGCUGAUGGAAAAGCCAUUAUAUCAAUACUAGGCCAUAGAAAUGCUACCCAAAGGACCCAAAUCAGAGAAGCAUACCACAAUCUCUUCCAAGAGGACCUCAUCAAACGCCUUGAAUCUGAGCUCUCUGGUGACUUUGAAAGAGCCAUGUACCGUUGGAUAUGGGAACCUGCAGAACGUGAGGCUUUGUUGGCCAAUUUAGCUCUCAAGAGUGCUGACAAAAACUACCAAGUGAUAGUGGAAAUUUCCUGUGUCCUUUCACCUGAAGAGCUUUUUGUUGUGAGGCGUGCCUACCACAACAGAUACAAGCGUUCCUUGGAGGAAGAUGUGGCUGCUAAUACCACUGGCCAUCUUGGCCGGGCAAGUCAUAUAAUUCAACAAAAUUUAGAUAUAGUUCUUUAA